CCGGUGAGCCGAGCACAGAGCCUGCCAGCCAUACAGCGGGAGGAAGAGGAGCAGCGCGGAGCUCAGCCAUGGGAGUGGAGAUCGAGACCAUCACCCCCGGAGACGGCAGGACUUUUCCCAAGAAGGGACAGACAUGUGUGGUUCACUAUACAGGCAUGCUGCAGAAUGGGAAGAAGUUUGAUUCAUCCAGGGAUAGAAACAAGCCUUUCAAGUUCAGGUUAGGACGACAGGAAGUGAUCAAAGGAUGGGAUGAUGGCAUCGGACAGAUGAGCCUGGGCCAGCGAGCAAAACUAACCUGCACACCUGACGUAGCGUAUGGAGCCACGGGACACCCAGGAGUCAUACCCCCCAACGCUACUCUGAUCUUCGAUGUGGAGCUGCUGAAGAUCGAAUGAAUGUGUAGCAGGGCAGGCUGA